CAGCUCAAGGCCAAGGACGGACGGGAGGAGGCAUUAGUUCGCGUGCUCGGACUAUCCUUACAUGAAUCCGGGACUUGGGCCAUUGCUGAUGCUGAUGAAAAUAUCGGCAGCACGCUAUUGAGCUUGUUGACGGGAGAGGGGACGAGUGACAAUGUCAAACAAAAUGUCAGGACACUGUUGGAAAGGAUGGCAUGUCAUGCAGACGGAGUGACCGUUUUGCACAAGUCUGAGACAUUGAUCAAGUUUUUCAAAGAAAGGGCGAAAAAAGCAGUAAGCAAGAUGCGGUCUCAAAGAGAAGACGAAGAAUCAAUUUCGCUGGAGCUAGAAGAGCUGCAGAUCUUCCUGAAGUUGCAUCCACGAUCAUAUCCUUUCAUCAAGUUUGUCGACGUCGAUGCAGACACAGUCCAGAUCAUCAAAGACUCGAUGCGCACCUCUCUUUCUGACCUUGCUGCUUCCGCUAUCAUCAGUAUGGUACAACGUGAUGGAAUUUAUGCUCAAGAGGCCUUCACCUACCUAUGCGAAUACUUCAGUACUGUGGGUGUCAAAGAUCAACAUCGCAUGCUUGCUAUACCGGGCUUAUCGAGUUUCAUAAAAGGAUUCGGACACAGGCUCUCGAACGAGUCCGACCUCAAGCUAGAGAACGUCGUGCAAACUCUAUAUACAAUGCUUGAUCAUCCUCUGCAAAAGGGCGCGUUGAAGUCCGCCAUGGCCCGAUUGCCACAAUACUUAGAACAAUGGCGUAUCGCCUCAAUGACAAGGCGAAGUGGCCUAAGCAAAUUGAAGGCAUUAUUUUCCACCCAGAGCUCUGGUGCAAUGAACCCAGGUAUAGAAUUACUAUCACUUUCGACCGAAGUUAUCAAAGAAGUGUCCCGACUUGCGGAUAAAUAUGGGGAUCAUAUACUUGAAGCGAUCUUGCGGAAACCGACAAUGGAAAUAGAGAUUCUGGAUCCGGACAACCUCAGAGAAGAAUUCGUCACAUGGUUACAUCGGUUCAUUGAAGACGAGACCUCACGCAUGCGUUCAUCCAUACUGCUAGCAAUAUCAAACAUUGUACAGGUAAUCACUCCUCGAGAGACGUCGCCAUCGUACACCAUAGAUGAUGCAAGCACUGGCAAAUCGUUAACGACCGAGCAAUUGACCGCGUUGGCGACAAAAAUAAUUGAAACCUACCACGACCUGCACGGAGAUCACGCAGCGCUCGAAGCUUCUCAAGUCCUCUAUAACGUUGCGCCGUCAUUCCGCAAGUCUCUGUCUUCCCCUCCGGAAAAUAGCAAACUGGCGGAUUUACUCCACAGACUGCUUGAGAAGAAUGACAGAAAUGUCCAAUCCUACGCCCUCUGCGCAACAGUUCAACUGGUAAAACUCGAGAGCCUACGUAGCCGACUCCUCGAGCUUGGGUUUCUGGAUGUCAUCAUCGAACAGAUACAAAUGAAUGACGGCUUCUCUGAAGUUAUAUGUGGGAAUUUAGAUGGACUCGCUGAGUACGAGGACAUACGCCAGCAGUUCAUUACUCGAGGGGUCUUGUUCAAAAUCGGCCAGCACAUGCUUCAGUGCAGUUCACGAAGCCGUUCCAUCUAUGCUCAGGAGCUGAUUUGGAUGUUCAAGAGCGAUUAUGACCGGUACCAGAACGAUCGUAGUUGCGAGGAUGAUCCACCACAUGACAUCGAGUUCACUCCAGAUUACUCACGAGAUAGUGAUCAUACUAUUUGUGAAGAUAGCCUGCACCAUUAUAUCCUGAAAGAUCGCAACCUUGUCAGAACGAUGAGGACCAUACUGGAAGGCAAGAAUGAAGAGAGCGAUGAUCUUGUAUGGGUCUUAUCCUGGACACAAUUGCUCCGAAUCAGGGCAUUUCGAAGCGAAUUCAUUCAUGGGGGAUGCCUACCACCACUUAUUCGAUUCAUCACGAAUUCUCAAGAAGCGUCGAAUGUACGUGCACGCGCGAUGGUGUGCCUGGAGGACUGCAUAACGUUCGACGGUAAUCAACCCGAAAUCGUCUACAGCUCCAUGGUGGAAGCAUUAAUAGAACUCAUGAAUGAUAAUGAGCAAUUCUUUCGUACGAUUGCGAUAGAUGCUUUUCGGAGACUUUUACCCUUUGGCUACGUACGGAGUCAAGUUCUGCAAGAAGGCCGGAUGGAGACAUUGAUCACGAUGCUCAUGAACAUACGAGAAACCAUUGAUGGCUCGAUCAAUGCGCUGCGUGACUUGGCUAUCUAUGACGAAGGACGUGCCGUUCUAAACCGCCACUCUGCGUUGGAAACAUUUGAGAGCUCUAGUAUGGGCCAACAGGGCCUUAGCCAUCAAUCCAGGGGAAUCCAUGGAAACGCCGUCCGCCAGCCCCCACCCUCAUAUCGAGCACAGAGCAAUCAUACUAGGUCGACAUCAAUAGGUCUGUCAUUCCACAUAAGUUGAUGCUAUGGGAAUGGAGGCUCGUGUUGGGAAAUAAGGAAAGGCAACUUCCAUGUGCCGAUGUCUUUGAUAUUGUCCAAUUGAAUCGCAGGAGACGUUUUGGCAUGAUAAUGGCAUGAUGGUAUCAGUAACAUUUGACAUAGGACGGACGCUGCC